AUGUCCACUGAAGUCUUUACCGUCACUCUAGGCAAGGAGUAUGGAUAUGUCUUGCUUACUGCCAUCACGAUGCAAAUACAAAUGAUCCUCACUGGUGCAGCCAUUGGUUCUCAACGAAAGAAGCACGGCGUCAAGUACCCAGACAUGGGCUCUGGUCGUCACGCUGCAAAGCUCACUGAAGCUGCUUGGACUGAAUUCAACAACUACCAACGAGCACAUUACAACUAUGUCGAGAACAUCACUCCUGUCACUGUCUUGCUCUUGACUGGAGGCUUGUUCUAUCCUCUUGUCUCUGCAGGCCUUGGUGUCACCUACAUUGUUGGACGUUACGUGUAUUCUACCGGCUACACUUCCUCUGGUGCCAAUGGCCGCGGUAUCGGUGCUGGUAUUCUUCACAUUGGAGAUAUUGGGCUACUGGGAGUCUCCGUCUACGGAAUUCUCCACAAGGUCCUUGGUCUCUUCUAA